AUGGAAACUGUUCAGAUCAAAGCUGACCAGAUGAACAAUUAUGCGAUGCCAGACCUAGAAGCCCCCACUGCGCCUCCGUCUCCUGAGAUUUCAGCCGCCCAAGUCAAAGAUCCACCACCUCCACCUAGGCGUCAACCACCACCUGUGCCUAAGAAGGCCAUAAAGGCCGAUAAGUCCACGUGUGGUAUCUGCUAUCAACGAGUAGAGCUAAAGCCCAAAGCCAAAGCAAACAUCCAUUUCAACAAGUGUUGGGAUGGUUUGAGAGAAAAGGCGAAGGAAGCUAAGAGUCAGAUUGUGAAGAAUCCACUAGAGGAAAGGGAGGUUGGAGACAGCGACGAGACCUCGUUGGAGACGCUGCAAGUCGAGAACAGCGAACUAGAUGAGAGAGAGGAACCAUCCACACCGAUACCAUCGUUCUCAUCAGAUCUGGAGAAAACUUACUGUCUUCUUUGCCACAAGGACCUGUGGGGUAUGAAAGAUCUCGACGCCUUCGACCACCGCUUGAUCUGUCUUAAAGCACUCACCCCAGCUUGCUGCCCUGUCUGCGAGGUCUCCUUUCAAGAGAUUUCCGAGCCAUGCGAUGACGUCCUCUCGUGCGAAAGUAGUGGCUGGCCAAUUCAUACCAUAAUCUGGCAUCUACACGCUUGCCAGAACGACUGCCAUACUUGCCCCGAGGCACAGGCCGACUGGACAGCCUUGAUUUCUCGGCGGGCUGGUCGUACCGAAGUAGCGCAGAGAGUCUUCUGGAAGAGUAUAGGAGAAAGAAAAGAUUGGGGUCUGCGCAAACACAGGGACAGCGUGAAGACCAAGAAGAAGUCGGGGUUAGCGCGUGAGGAUGGGAUAUAUCGGACAAAGAGCUCGCCGUUGCGUGCUUCGCAGAUAAUCGUUACUGCACGUGAGUCACAUAGUGAGUCGGAGAUCGAGGUAACGAGGGUGGAGAAAGCUAUCGUAGCCGAAAAGAUCCCUUUCGAUCGGUUCAUAAGGUCUAGCUUCUCCAUAAUGAAGCUCCCUCACUCCGCGAAAAUGCGCACGGACUACAAACCUGAGGAAGUGCAAACGGAGGUACUGCCUCUCUUCGAUUCGAAGACGUUCUGGAAACAACUUUCGUACAAAGCGCAGACGCGAUUGCUACCCAAGCUUGUACCUAAGCCACUCAACGUCACCUCUCCUACCAAGAAGAAACUACCAGCUGACCGUGCGCUCGCGGAAAAGUUUCCAGUCCCCAGCAACAAAGACGAAGCGAAAUCGCAGCUUCGAUUGUUAAGCAAUCCGCUAGAACCUCUCGCUCCGAUGACUUCCGCGGCGAAAUCAGACGCGCUCCUUAAAGCACCUCAGCGGCCCACAAUCCCCAAGAACAAGGAUGAACUCGACGCCUUCCAAAAGAACUUGUUAGAUCUCUUGAAGCCUGUUGCAGAUCAAACAAGUGUCACGCUCCCUCGGAAACUCCGCUACUGCAACCCAAAAGCCUUCCAGCUGGACUUCUUCACCACCGAACGAUAG